AGAUAAUGCAUAAAAAAUUCGGAGCAAUUAAUACGGAGUAAUAACAAAUUGACUUUCGAGAAGGAUGAAGUCUGCUUUCCCUUUUCUGAAGGCAUUCAUUCAUCAUUACCUUACUUGAUCGUCGCUAUUACCAGAAAUACUCUCUCCCUCUCUUGCUCUCUCCGGUUAGUCUCCUACGGUUAGAAAGCGGAGUAAAUCUCUACUAGAAUCUUCGGUGAUUGAGACAGAGGAGGAGGAGUAAGAAGAACAUCACUGGAAAUGGAAAGAAACGUGGUAGUAGUAUGCUCCGUUGCGGGAUUCCUAGGGCUUUUAUCUGCUAUUGCCGGAUUCGCAGCUGAAGCCACGAAAAUUAAGGGUUACCAAGUUGAGUUCAUCCCACCUUCAGAAUGUGUAUACCCGCGGAGUCCUGCAUUGGGCCUUGGAUUGACUGCAGCUGUUGCUCUCAUGAUUGCCCAAAUCAUUGUCAAUGUUGCAUCUGGAUGUAUUUGUUGCAGAAAAGGUCCGCACCAGUCCAACGCUAAGUGGACCUUGGCACUUGUGUGCUUCUCUGUUUCCUGGUUUGUAUCCGUCAUUGCGUUUUUACUUCUUCUAACGGGGGCAGCACUGAAUGAACGCCAUGGUGACGAUAACGUGUACUUUGGCAACCACUAUUGCUAUGUUGUUAAACCUGGGGUUUUUGCUGGAGCUGCUUACCUUUCGCUUGCGGGUGUUGCCCUUGGUAUUGUCUAUUAUCUGACCUUGACUUCUGCUAAGAAGGGGAAUGGUCAAGUUGUUCCACCCUCACUUCCACCUGUGGCUCCUUUACGUCAGGGUGGCAUUGUAAUGGGGCCAACUCAAGUCUCCACGUCAGCUGUUCCGGAACCAGUUUUUGUGCAUGAAGAUACCUAUAAGAGGCGACAGCUUGUUUGAUUGUUAAUAUAGUCAAUAGGCUGCUGUUGUAACACUAGUUUGUCCCUAGAGUUUAGUGGGCUUUGUUUUUGGGCUAAUUCUAAUGCUACCCAUGUGAGUUGUGCUCACAUGGGCUUGGGUAGCAUUCGAUCCAAUCUCACACAUAAUUGCAUGAGAGAGCACGAUCCAAUGCCACAUGCCCACAGAUGCACUACUUGUAUUGGUAGCCUGGAAAGACCCUAUUUUUGGAGGAGGCACAGGGGAGAAUAAAACAUAAUAUGGUGAUGAAACAUGCUUCUAUUUAUUUAGUGUAAUGUGUUUAUGUUCUUCUAUUGUGGUUUUGUUGGUAUUUGGUA